UCUUGCUCUGAGCUAGUCACCCUAGAUGUCGCUAACGAGUCAAAUAUGAUCAUAGUUGCCACAGACAACCCUGUUGUUAAAAGGAGCCUGUCGUUCGGUCGUUACUGCAAUAGCAAUUAUCCCAGGUGAAGGGUGUCGAAGAAAACUAAGAGUAAAGAGCAUUGAAUUGAAUUUUGUUCAGUUCCUGAAAUAUAAAAUAGAUGGGCGGGUGCGAAGAGAGAACUACACAAAAGACGAACGCACAGGGCGAAACGAUUCAGGUAAGUUACCAAAACAUCAUACUGUCCUAUGUGGUUAGGCAUGCCACAUAAAAAUACUACAUUGGUUCUCAAGUUCACCUUCUGACAGAGGAUAUGAAGUGAAAACAAGAUGAGAUCUAUUAGGCUCUGAGCUCGUGAUUUAUGAAUUGAUUUAGGCUUCAGUUUUAAAAUGGACAAAUGGAAUUUUCUGUGUUUGUUGUUUUAUAUUAUUUACUUACUUUUAUCUUCCCUGUAAAUAUAAAUUUCCAUAACUCGCUUCUCUCUUUGGAAUUAUUAUUAGUAUUGUCAAGGCAUAAGCAAGACCAGCAGGAAUGGUGACUUUAUGCAAAAGUAGAAUUUUCAAUUCAUGACAUGCAACCAAAAUGAAUUAAUUUUUUAUUCACAUCUAUGUUUGUAUGUAUACAGAAUUAUUCAAUCAACAUGGACAGUCAUGCAAUAAAUUUUUACUCAUAUCUAUGUCUGUAUACAGAAUUAUUUUGUCCCGUUUGUAUCUGAAUAUGGUAUGAUAAGUAUUUAGCUCAGGGGUGUGCAACUGGCGGCCCGCGGGCCACAACCCGGCUCGUCAAGCCAUUUAGUGUGGACCUAAUCAACACUCAGAUUUUUCACAUCAAGCCCAAAAUCUCAAUCCGCCAGUUAAUGUUUAGAAAGGCUAUCAUAUGGAUAAAAAUACACAAUGUUUUUUGCUGUUGUCACUGUGUUAAAUCUUUUGCCGUUUUAUCAAGUCCAUUUAUUUCUGUAAGGGUAAGCGAUGGCCGCAUUCUUUUCUGUUGGCUUUCCAGCUAAAUUUUUUGUGUGGCCCGGCUAGAUGUCUGAAGUUGGUUGUAUGGCCCGCUGAUGAAAAAUGUUGCACAUCCCUGAUUUAGUUCAUGAAAUUAGAAAGGCCUAAUAUAACUGUGAGGUGAAAAGAGAGUAAACCAAGAAACAUUUUGUGAUGGGCUUGUUUAAAAAAAGUUUUCACAACUAUGUGGUUAGAUUAAAGUGUAAUAUUUUGAUAAGUUUAAUUUUAAUAUAGAUGUAAAUGGAUGUUUUUAACAAAAAGCAAACCCCUAAGAGGUAAAUUUAUCUCCGCACGUGAAUAGAGAGGAUUUAAUUGAAUUCACCCAAACAGUUAUUUGUAGCAUAUCCUCCGAGUUAUGACCACAUUUGGACUGCUUGUCUUGAAAAAUGGCAGAUCAAGGUCAACCACAAGAGGGAGCUAAUGUAGUGAACUUUAUAGACGCACAGAUCAAUGAAUUACAUGCAGAAAAUGUGAAUCAGCUUCAUGCUCAGGCAGACGUAAUUCAAGCAGGAUGUGCUGGUCAGAUUCACGCUGAAAAUAUUGAGCACCUCCACAUACACUUUGACAAUAAUGCUCUGCACCCUCCAGCUGCACCACAACCUCAAGUACAAGCUGAUGAAGCGUCUCUCAGGACUAUGCAAGAGGAAAUGCCCUCCACUUCAGGUGAAACUACAAGAGCUCAAAGGAUGAAGGGAUCCACUGAUGCCAAACUUGCCUCAGAUAAUUUUCCUUGUCCGGUCUAUGAAGUGGCACCUACACCAUCAGGAAUCCGUACAAAAAAAGGAAAUGGUAAAAAGGCAAAAAGGGAAAGAAGAAAGCAUGCAAAAAAAUUUAUCAAUUAUUUCAACAAGAGAACCCUGGAGCAAACAAAAGUGAAAAUCGCAGAAGAUUACAAACAGCUAAACUUAAACGAACCAGACUUUGAGGUAAAUCCCCAACUUAGAGAAGUGCCACGUUUCUACAGAGGAGAAAUGGCCCCCAAGAAUAGGCAAUACAAUAUCGAGACUGGAUUCACUGUUAAAGCAAAUGAAGAAAAAUUUGGAAAACCUAUUUCUCAGAAUGAACUCAUAGAACAAUUAGGCAACAAAAAAUACAGGUAUAUUGCCAUAUUGGGACAGGCAGGUGGCGGGAAAACGACAAGUAUGAAACGCCUUGCUCGAACACUUCAUAUCACAAACAAAUUAGGAGAAGAAGCCCAAGCUGCUGAAGCAUUGCAGCUGGAACAUCGCUUUGAAUUUAUUCAUCACUUGAACAUCAAAGAUAUCCCGGUUUUAGAAGGAACUACACGAGAUGAAGCCAUCAGUCCAUGUGAACUUCUUUUUGGGAAAGAAGCUUCAGGACUCUCACCACAAGAAUUGAAAGACGGCUAUGAACGGCUGCAACAAAAUCAAUCAAAGUCAAUUCUUUUCCUUGACGGACUUGAUCAAGCAACUUGGAGUCUUUUGGGAAAACACAACAAGAUGAAAUAUACUGAUAAAUCUAGCACAGCAACUGUCAUGUACAAUAUCAUAACAGGCAAUCUCUUUCCUGACAUGACGAUCGUGAUUUCUUCGCGCGAGUUCAGAGUGGCAUCACUCCCAUCAGAAUUGAGGCCGCAAUUCAUAACUGCCCUUGCUGGUCUGGCUCAAAAUGAUAUCAAGCGUUUGUUCAUUGCAAUUAUAGGAGACAGUGGUGAAAAAGCUUGGGAGAAAUUAACAAUGCAGUCGCCCGCACUUAUCCCGUUAUCAUCUGUUCCUCUAUUUCUAAUAUUCAAUGCAAUCGUUUGCAAGGACAGCCCAGAUAAUCCACCAGAUACUAUGACUGAGGUAAUGCUACAAAUCCUCCACAUCUUCAUACGAUCCGCUCAUGCCCGUAAAAAGGAAAAAAUUGAAGAAACACUCCAGAAACUAAUGCAAAUGUCAUUUGAAGGCACAAAAGAAAAUCGAGUCAUUUUCACAAUCAAGGAUCUCGAAAAAGUAAAGCUUAGUCCUCUUGAGGUUCAGGACUUUGUCAUCAAGGUACCUGGGAAAAAUAUGUUCAACCAGCAUCUCAUGGAAGGAGACCAUCUAAUGUUCUUCAGCCAUCAAAUCUUUCAAGAAGUUUUAUCCGCUCUCUAUAUUUCAAGCAUGGAUUCUACUACGUUUCGCACCUUUAUCGAAACUGAGAUUCGAGACGAUCAUUGGGCAGUUGUUCGUCGUUUUCUAAGUGGAAUCAUUCUGAAUCCUGAUAUUGAAAGCAGUCUCAUAACAAAUCUUUCUUCUGGUGCCAGACAAGAUGAUAAAAGAGAGGUUCUAAGAAAAUUUCUCGCAUUUCAAUCCAGUCAAAAAAUGAAAUGGUAUGAAACGUUGGAGCUGUUUGGGACAUUAUACGAAGCUAAUGACACCGACCUUAUUCGUUCCUGCAUCAAGGACAUCAAUUUUUCACACGAAUCCUUCACUACAGUCGGAAUGCAUGCCAUGUCAUCGGUCAUGCGACGUUGCAGCCAACUAGAAUCUGUUCGUCUUCAAAACUGUAAUCUCAAUGCCGAGUUGGUUCAUAUCCUGAAGUCAAAUCUAAAGGGUUCUUCUUUAAAGCUGAAUCAACUAAAUGUCAGUUCUAGCAGCAACCUUGGAACCGAUGGUUUUGGUGAACUUGGAUUAGUUGUUUCACAAUGUCAUGUGGAGACAUUCAAUGCUUUCAAUUGCAAUCUAACAGCGGAAGGAAUGAAAGCAUUUAAAGAAAACACUCGCAAUGCAAAGCUGAAUAAACUAGAAGUCAGUUAUAACGAGAACUUGGAACGGAUGGUUUUGGUGAACUUGGAUUAGUUGUUACACAAUGCCAGGUAAAGACAUUUGAUGCUGGGAAUUGCAAUCUGACAGCAGAAGAAAUAAAAGCUUUUAAAGAAAACACUGGCAAUGCAAAGCUGAAUGGACUAAAUGUCAGUUAUAACGAGAACCUUGGAACCGAUGGUUUUGGUGAACUCGGAUUAGUUGUGACACAAUGUCAGGUAAACGCAUUCAAGGCUGGUAAUUGCAAUCUGACAGCAGAAGGAAUGAAAGCAUUUAAAGAAAACACUCGCAAUGCAAAGAUAAGGUACCUGUAUCUGAGUGGGAACAAAGUCAGCAGACUCGGAGAUGAAGGAUUAUCUACAAUCAGUGAUAUUGUUCAUCAAUGCCAGGUUGAAGGAUUGUCGAUGCGGGAUUGCUACUUCAACCCUUAUCAGUUGGAGAGAUUCAAAGCAUCGAUCGCUGAUACCAGAGUCAUGUUCAGUGACAGAUAGAAUCCACAAACAAUGUAUCGAAUAAAUUUUAAUGCUGGGUCAUUCAAGCUUGGAUCUCAUUCUGCUUUUACUGGUUUUUGUUUGAUCUCAUCAUAUUCUUUGCCAACAGAUUAACAUCAGAAGAAAUCUUUAUUUCCACUCCGAACAAGGCUCGAGCAAGUAUGUACAUUCUGUUCAGGUUUUCAGGUUUGGCACCAUACUUUAAUUUUAAUGUAUUUGGAAAAUCAGAAAGUGGGUCAUUUGCUGGUGAAAACGAUCAGUUAAAUGCAUAACACAUUUUUAUAAAUUACAAAUAGUUUUAGCACUAAUACCAAAAUAUCUACAACCCUCUAAAUUUUGAAACACCCCCUCCUCCCCCUAAAAUGAGAAAGCUGGAGAACAUACUGAUUUUUAGUAAUUAACAUUUGUACACAUUAGAAGAAAAAUAUUUUCACUCUUUGUUUCCACUCCAAGCAAUUAGCCAAUUAUAGAUACGAAUUGCAAUAUUAUAUCCAUCAUAUUACCUGUUCUAAUCAGACCUCAAAUGUGUGAUCAAUUCAUACAAAGUACCCAAGUAAAUGUUUUAACCUCUUGUCGACUCUGAACAGAGCAUGAGCAAAGUGUGAUCCCGACAUAUUUAUCAACUGCAAUGCCAUAUAUCAGUGGACCCCAACUCUUUUUUUUCAAGUAACCCAAAUUUUUUGAAAAAUAAAUUUUGUAGAAUCGGGGCACCCAAGGAUGCGCUCAUACUGGGCAGUAUGUAAUGAUUAUGCUCUAUAUAGUCUUAUAUGAAACAACCAUUUUUACUUUAAAUUUAUUUUCUCAAAAAUGAACUCAAAGUGAGACGGCUGCGCUUAUUUGCCAUAAUCGAGAUUUUAAAUUCAUGACGCAGCUUUACCAAAGCAAAACAGCAGAUUCUAAGUUUAAAAAGCUGUCAUUCUUCACAGGUAUACAAAUACUUUGAGCAACACUUCAAUAUGAAUAUCAAUUAACUAAAAAAUUAAAAUGAAUCUUCCUGUUUUAUGUUGAAUAAGUGAACCAAGAAAAUUUCCAAGCGAACCAAUUUUGGGUCGCGACCUAUAGGUUGGGAAACACUUCUUUAGAUCAUAUGACCCUGAUUGCCCAGGACUUACCGUAAAUGCGUUAUCCAUUUGUACAGUGUAUCUGAGUAAAAUUUACCCCCAACAGAUUUAGUUCAGAUUGUCGACUUUGGGGUUGGAAAGAGAACAAGAGCGCAAAAGUAAUUUGACUAUAAAAGUUUUCUAUUUCUAUUUGUUUAUUUAGUGGAAAAAUUUGACUCCUAUGUCAAUAUUUCGCAACCUUCAAAUUGCACUCCUAAAUUUUAGCGGAAAAUCUUGAUGAGGGAGAAUAAGUAAACUGAACUCAACUCCACAGCCUGAAUAAUAAAAUGAACUUUAUUCAAUUUCAUUAUUAUCAAAUAUGUCACAUUUUGCAAUUCAAUCAAACUAAUCUCAAUUGAAAAGAUUGUCAUUCAACCCCUUCCCCGAUAUAACUGCUGUGCGGUGUUCCCUUUUAUUUUUUGCUGGAAUAAUGUGAAUAUCAUGUGAAAAUAUUUCCUUUCGUAAUUUUCAUGGAAUAAUCAUAAUGAAAAAUAAUUGACCAGUAAUAAGUUUGUUUCUGUUAAAUUAAAAUAUUGCUUUAUUAGUAGAGCUUUCUCUGACUAUUUCUAACCCGUGUUGAUGGGUCAGGUCAUCAAAUUCGAGCCAAUCACUGAGUUAAGACAUGUUGCUGGCUAGUUGAGUCCGAUUCGUAUCAGGGUUUCCCAAACUGGGGUCCGCUGACCCACGAGGGUCCAUGAUGGGUGCACAGGGGGCCAGCAGAAAUACAAAAUGAGCCUGAUCGAUCUUCAAUGAUUGAUUUCAAUCAAAAAGCCAUUGCAUCUUUUUUGGUUAAGCGCUGCGAACGAAUAUCAAUUGAUAUAAGAAAAGUCAAUUAACAUUUUAUUGUCUUUUGUAACAACCUACAAAUGGGAGGCAGCAUUUUCUGCCCUUGGUAUUUGUGCAGUGAAAUGCAACCUCAUCCAUCACAAUAAUGUCUUUUGUGUUGUAAAUGAAAAAUAUACGUCUGGUUGGUUAGGCUUUUAAAUUGAUAUGUCAUAGGAUGGGGGUCCAUCAAAAGUAAGAUCCACAAAUAGGGGUCCGUGGCCCGAAAAGUUUUGGAAACCCUGAUUUAGAUGACUCUCGUCAUUGUGAGUCUUCGAUGUAAAGUGACCUGAGUCGACCUAUGUGGCAAUUUAUAUAGUUUGGGUACUCCAGAAGUAUGUGAACCAAGAUGGCAGACACCGGAACGGAGUAUGUGUACCAGGUUAGGAUUAGGCCAUAAUUAGAGGUACAAAUACUAUUAGAGUCAUUUGGCCAUACCCAGAACUCGCAAUAGAACUAAAAUUAGGGAAAAAUGGCAUGAAGCUAUGGCUUAACCCUAACCUAGUACACAUACUACAAUCCGGUGUCCGCCAUCUUGGUGCACAUACUACAGGAGCAUCAAAAUUUGUAUUUCAUCUGCUGUGUCAUGCUUUUAUCUGAGUCAUGUUUUGUUGGUGCUUUAUCAUCAUUGUGUACUGCUUUAAGGUGAAUUAAGUAACAUUGCACUUUCCUAACAUUGUCAGAAAUUGUCAUUAAAUUUCAUUCAAAUAUGUUCUAUCCCAUGUUUUUUUCUACUUUUGUGUAUUUUCGAUAUUUAGUAACCCCUUAUGAACCACUAUAAUUCCUAAUGCUUUCACAAUUUGUUAGACAAAUCGGUACUCCUGUAGUAUGUGAACCAAAAUGGCAGACACCGGAACGUAGUAUGUGUACCAGGUUAGGGUUAGGCCAUAAUUUCAGGUACAAAUCAUACGGGA